AUCGAAAUAAAUUCAUAUUAAUAUUGUUACAACAAUCACAUUAUAGUUAAUACGGUGUCUCCGAAACAAUGAAUAUAUUACAAGUUAAUGUUAUUGAGGGAAGAGAUCUAGUAGCAUGUGAUUCAAAUGGUUUUUCAGAUAGUUACUGUACACUUUCAAUUGGGCAACAAAAAAAGAAAACUAAAAUAAUAAAGAAAUCAUUAAAUCCAAAAUGGGGAGAAACAUUUUUAAUGAGAUUAUCUCCAUUGGAUGAGAAAUUACAUGUUUUAUUACAAGAUUGGGAUCAAUUUUCAUCAGAUGAUUUUAUGGGUGAAUGUUUUAUCGAUAUCAAUUCAUUAGAUGAUACAGCCACCUGGUAUCCUCUACAAGCACGUCAAAAUAAAGAUGAUUUUGUCAAAGGAGAAAUAUGCAUCAAAGCAAGAGUAGUUAAAUCUUCGAAUAUUGUUAAAGAUAAAAUUCCAACUCAUAUGUUAACCGAAGUUAAUAAUAGAGUUACAAAAUAUGAAAAUGAAAAUGAUAUUUUCGAUUUAUCAGCUAUUGGUUUAGAACAAUUCCCAGAUUUCCUUUUUGAACAUGUAGCACAUUGCGAUAAUUUAGAUUUAGGUUUUAAUCAAUUUAAAAUGUUUCCUUCAUUAAGUUCAUUUAAAAAACUAACCCAGCUAACAUUAAAUGGUAAUUUCAUUCUUACUGUACCAGGUGAAGCAUUAGAUUUACCAACUUUAAAAGUUUUAUCAAUUAAUGGUAACCAUUUAAUUUCAUUACCAGCUGAGGUUUGUAAAUUAGUAUCAUUAGAAAAAUUAGAAAUUGCUAAUAAUAGAAUUUCAGAGUUAUGCCCAGAAAUUGCAAAUUUACCAAAACUUGAAGAAUUGAUUAUUUCAGGCAAUCCAUUAACUAAACUACCACCAAACUUUUCAAGCUUAACCCAGUUAGAAAUUUUAGAUGCAGGUGGUUGCCAAUUGGUUAAACUACCCGAAGAUUUUUCAACAAUGACAAAACUAUUAGAAGUUAAUUUUGGUAAUAAUAAGUUAGUAGAAUUACCAAACCAGAUUGGAAGAUUAACUAGAUUGACUAUUUUAAAUCUUAUGGAUAAUAAAUUGACUGAUUUACCACUAUCAAUUGGUAAUAUACCAGGUCUUGGAAAACUAGGUGCCGGUAUUAAUAUUGAAGGUAACCCAAUUCAAUCUGAAGAGAUUAUAAAGAAAUACAAAGUGGGUAAUGAUCAAUUAAUGGAGUAUCUUGAAAAGAGAAUGGCACUUUCAGGCUAUUCACUACCAGAGAUUUCAAAGAUUCCAAAACACACACCUUCAACAAACACAUCAGCCACUCCAUUAAAUAGUACAGCUCCAAAACAACCACCACAAUACUCUGUUGUAGAUUCCAGUAAAAUACCAAAUGGUGCCAAUCCAAUUGAUUCACCACAACAACAAAAACAACAACUUGAUCAAGAUGUUAUUACCAAAACCAUUGCACUUAAAAACUGGGUUAUAUCCACUAUCAGAGGUGAAAUUAGACCAAAGAUCGGUAAAAUUAAAAAUCAAGUUUUAAGAUGUGUUUCAAUUCAAGAAGGUGUUGGUAUUGCAAACAUUUUUAAGCAACUUAAACCGGAAAUCGAAAAAUUAAGAGCAUUGAUUCCACCAACUUACCCAAUACCACCACUUCCCCAAAAUACAACCUCGGGUAAAACUUUUUCAGGUAAUGAAAAAUUAGAGCAAUUAAAAGAUUUAGUAGCACUGUCAAUUGAUGACUAUGAUAUUUUAUUUGGUGUUUUAUAUCAACUUAUUCCAAACCAUUCAGAACCUCAAUUGAUCGUCUCUGUGACCCAAUCACUUAAAAAAAUUAAAGAAAUGAUCCCAUAAAAAAAAUUAAAAAAAAUUAAAAAAAAUAAUCAUCAAAUCAAAUCAAAUCUAAUGUUGUUUUUAUAAUAUUAUUUAUUAUGUAAAGUAAUUAACUGUAAAUAAAUUUAUUUAUUAAAUUUUAAAAAAUAAAAAAAAUAAAAAAAUAAAAAAAAAAUAAAAAAAAAAGCUUAUUUUUAUUGC